ACACUCGCACGCGCAGAUGUGUGUACAGUAUGAGGAUCCGUCUCAUCAUCCUCAACCCUCUCUAAUCCAUCCCGUGAUACUUGGAUCAGAAGCAUCACAGCCCUCGGGGGGAGAAAAAGGCUGCGCUGGAUGCUGGAAAACACCAGAAGCAUCAGCAGCACCACACCGAGCCGCAGCAUGAUCCUGACGUAUUUCUGAGGCAGCUCGAGCGCCAUGGAUGCACGCGACACGAUUUAACCCGCGCGUAAAAGAGCCUCAACAUCCUUCAAAACGGACGGAGUCGUGGAGCAUCGAGGGAAAACCCGGGCCAAUCGGGACCAAGGCUUCAUGCCCAACAUGGAAAGGGGCAAACCAGCCACCUACACGGGCGACAAGAAGGCAAAGAUGGCUGCAAAGACCAACAAGAAGUGGGUAAGACUGGCCACGGUGUUCGCCUAUGUUUUAUCCGUGUCUCUAGCUGCGAUCAUCCUCGCCAUCUACUACAGCCUCAUAUGGUCACCAAAGUCCUCCUCCACCUCCACCAACGCCCCCGCGAGAGGCAACGGAACGGAGAGCAACAGCACGCAGGCGACUCCGAUCCACAUCAACGCCACCGGCACCAACGCGUCUCUGGCGCAGACGGCCGCGUCCCUCUCCAAAAGCGCGCACUCCCAACCCGCGGAUCUCUACACAUACAUGCCCAGCGACAGCCAGACCGCAGCGAAAACACCAGGAGAGUCCUCCAGGAGAGGCCAGACUGGAGACGCGCAACCGGAGACGCGCUGGAACGAGCGCGCAACGUCGCUUGAGGACGACUCAAGGCAAACUCACUCAAAUAACCGGCACAGAAAGACCUAAGACUUAAGUUUGAGACUUGGAAACGUUGCUGCUCGUUGGAAACGUUCACAGGCCGAGACGAGGCCGUACACCGACGCAUAGCCUAUAUAGCAAAGGCUCUGAUAGUGUUUAACCCUUCAUAUAGGCCUAUAACCUGUUUUGUUUCGCCUUAAUACUCGGCAUCGUUGAUAUUUUGGGAGCGUAUCAUCCGAAGCGACUGUCCAUUGCGCUCUAUGCCUUGAUUCGAACAGCCAUUCUUUCUUUUUUGGGGGGUUGGGAGGGGGACAAGCUUUUAAAAUAGCAGCUCUAAAAGCUUGCAUGAAUUUCAACUAAACCUGUUAACCAAUUUAAUCAGGAUUCUUGUGUUAGAGGAACCUGUGUCGAUGCUCAGGUAUGUGCAAAUAUCCAUGUAAAUGUAUUGUUUAGUAAUGUACAUACAUGCUCUGGAGACUUUUAGCAUCACUAGAUCAUUUUUAUAACAAAUGAUGUACCAUAAGUGUAGAAUACAUCACCGUAAUGGUAAAUAAACAACCUACAACUACAAA